AUGGUUGCUACUGGCGACAAAGCAGCGAGUCUUCUGCUGUCUCUCCAGGGCUCGCCCAGUCCCGUCUCAGGGAGGGUCUGCGACGGCAGCUGCCGGAUCCCAGGCCAGGCCCAGACGCAGUAUGGCGUUGGAAAGACGGUCGCGAGGGCAGCCCGGCGGCAGAUGGGACUGCCGGCCAGGGAUUCAAGGCGCAGAGCAGCCGCGCCGUCGCUCAGCGUCGCAACGGUCUUCGGAAAAUGA